GUCCGGCGUUAUCUACCUCGAAGGGCAGUCGACCAAGAUGACGGAGGUACACUCUCAUGGUUGCUCUCAGUCUCCGCAUGUACAGAAGUUGACGGUGGUGCCAGGAUGACGAUCAAGCUACACACUUUCGGUGAUAUCACGCGAACGUCCCACUAUGAGAAGAGAUCAUGCAAUUGACAUGGCUCCAGUCAACGACGCCACUUCUACUACCUAAGCGGUUGCGACCUACCCGACUGCUUCUUCGCCUACGACAUAGCGGCCGACAAGAGCACGCUAUGGAUCCCGCCCGUGGACCCAGAGUAUGUCAUGUGGGCCGGCAUGCCACUCCUGCCCGAGGAAGCCAUGGAACGCUACGACAUCGACGAAGUUCUUCCCUCCGACGAAUUAAAGACCGGCUCAAGCCUUGUCAAGAUGCUCGAGAAGCAGCAGACCACGGUCUUCGCGAUCCAAGACCGCGCCGAUCUCGCCAUCUUCCACGCCGAACAUCUUCGCCAGUACGACCCGCAGAUCGACUACGAAUGGACCCGCAAAGCAAUAGAAGCCUGCCGUGUCAUCAAAGACGAACACGAAAUCGCCCUCAUCCGACACGCCAACAUCGUCUCCUCCUACGCCCACGAGCAGGUCCUCGCGUCCGUCAAACGGGCCAAGAACGAGCGCGAGCUCAACGCCGUCUUCGUCAUGCACUGCCAUGCCAACGGCUGCAGAGAACAAGCGUAUGGCUGUGUCUGCGCUUCUGGAACAAACGCCAGCACGCUGCACUAUGUGCAUAACGACAUGCCGCUCGACAGCCGGCUUAACCUUCUCUUGGACGCAGGAUGUGAGUCCAACUGCUACUGCGCGGAUAUCACGCGUACCUUCCCGCUCAACGGGACUUUCUCCAAAGAAAGUCGGGAGAUCUACGAACUAGUCUUGCGCAUGCAGACGGAAUGCAUGACCAUGAUCCGCGCCGGCGUGAAGUGGGAAGACGUGCACAUGCGCGCUCACGCCGUGGCGGCCUCCGGUUUGCGGGACUUGGGCAUCCUGCAGAAAUCCCUGAGCGUUGAUAACAUCCUAGAUAGCAAAAUCACCACCCGCUUCUUCCCACACGGCCUGGGUCACUACCUAGGCAUGGACACGCACGACGUAGGUGGGAACGCCAACUACUCCGACCCGAAUGAGUUCUUCGCUUAUUUGCGCGUUCGAGGCACGUUGCCUGCUGGGGCGGUGAUUACGAAUGAGCCGGGCAUUUACUUCCGUAAGUAUCCGUUUGAGCAGGAGCUCAAGGAUGGAAGGUGGGAUGGUGUGGUUGACCAGGGUGUGCUGGCGAGGUAUUGGGAGGUAGGUGGUGUGAGGAUUGAGGAUGAUGUUUUGGUUAAGGAGGAUGGGUGUGAAAAUCUCACCACGGUGAGCAGUGAACCGGAGUAUAUUGAGGCGGCGGUAAACGGGCGUGAUCAAGAUAGUGUGCGCAAGUAGUUAUUUGUGCUCCAAGUUAUCACAGCGUUAUCGCCACCUACAUAAGUACAAUAUAGUACACCAUUGCAACAUUUCUCC